AAUUCAUCGUUCGUGCUUGCUUACUAUUUGAAACUUCAAAACUUGUAUGACAGACACAGCGUCGCGUUUUACCUGCUGAUAUUUUUUACGAAAUGGCGAAAGAUGAAUAUCACCGUUGAGAUAAUUAGAAGCUUUUAUACAAUUCCCGUAGGUUGAAUAUUUUCUUUGGGCUUUGCCGAUACAAUUUGCCACUAUGAAUAACGCGAAGGAUGUCAUGACAAAUAUAUACGAUGUUUUGCUGCAACUACGAUACCCGCACAUCAGUAAUGUUGAGUCGAAGGACGUGGGUACGACAAUACUCAAGGAUGAGAAUCGCGUGUGCUUGCUCUCGUGGCUUCUGACGCAGAAAUUGCCAGCUAUCGCUGUUCAAUUGGGGAAAUUAAAGGACACUGCUUUGGAAGAUCAGCUAUUUGAAUAUUACUCUCAGAUUGGGAUCUGCAACAACAAGGAUUUAUUGCUGGGUAAAUGUCCAAUGAAGGAACAGCUUCCAACUUUGAGAUUAUUAUUAGAUUUUAUGAAAAAGGUACACCUAGAGCCUUGUGUCAACACAACUGAGACAGAAGAAGAAUCACUCAUGGAUAUUGUUAAGAUGUAUACAGAUGAUGCCGAUCAAGCACCUUAUUUUUUAGUUAAGCCAAAAUUAAGUUAUGCAGAAGCUAACAAAUAUUUUGAAGAAAGUGAGGAAGAACUACUUGGCAAUAACCGUGCAGAUGCAAAAUCUAAUAUACCUGAUGACACAUGUACAGAGGUCGACGAUAUAUUGGUCAGUGAAGAAAAAGAAGAAAGGGAAGAAAAGGAUGCACUGUUUUACAAAGAAGAGGAAAAGUUCAUAGAAGCGUUUGAGACUGUUUCAUCUUGGCCAGUGCAAUCCAGGAAUUUGGACGAGACUGUGACUAACUCUAUUCGCUCAGAUAUCAAGAAGAUAUGCUCUAAUUUUUUCACUUUAAAGAAGGUGCUACAGGCGAAAAACGAAAUAUCAAAUGUAGACUUAACAAGAAGAUUACUCGAAACCGCUACACCAUUAAGCACGACAAUCGAAGAUAUAAUUGUUUAUAACGAGGAACUCGAAAACCUAGAUCUGACUGGCAAUAGUGCUAAUUAAUUUUACAUUUAUAAUUGUACAAUCUAAUCUAUUCCAGAUGUAAUUAUUUCACAUAACUUAUAUGGUCUACAUAUUUGUAAUAUAUAAAAAUAAUUGUAUACCUGUUUGCAGUUGCAUAAUGAGCAUUGUAGGAAUUCUUGUAAAAAUUGCUCAAAACUACUCUAAUGAUC